ACAUAAUGCCCUAAAUGGUACACAGUUAUAUAUAGUAUACAUAUAAGCAAUGUUCAUAUAGGAUCUAUAUAGGAAUGGUAAACAUGUAUUCAUUUGCAGCAAAAACAGUACUAGAUCACUCAGCUAACACUGAAAAAAAAAAUCUUAAUUUGCUCAUCGUCGUUGUAUUUCACCCCCAGGUACUUGAUGAUGUAAUUAUUGCAGAUGCAUACAAAAAAAAAUAGAUUGUGUUGAGAUAAAUCCUUAGCAUUGGGUAAUAAUUUAAAGAGCAACUUGGUACAGGUAUAUGUAUUAUUGCUGUUUUAAAAUCACUUUGCAAAUAUUUUGUGGUUUAUAAAACUCUAAAACCUCAGUUAAGGGGGCUCUCAAACAUUUCUUCUUCUCCCUGAAUACAGCUGGGAGACCAGAGUGUAACCAUUAACAACACUCUGCCCACAGAGGAUGUACGACAUUUAAUCUACAGCAGCUGACAUUUCUGAUAAUGUGUUUCUUACUUCCACUGGGAGCAGAGCACUGCACAGGAACAGAUGAAUGGUAGCACGCUGGUGUACUAGUAGUCUUUGGAGACAAGGCCUUCUGAGGUGCUUUAAAAUUCAAAGUUUUAAAAAGUCAUCAGGAUGUCAUGAGUAGAACAGAAAAGAAUGUAUGAAGUGAUUUUAAAUUAACAAAAAUAAUACAUUAUACUACAUUAGCUAGGACAACUAAUAUGUCAUAACCAUAACAAGUUGCUCUAGUCAGGUGAAGAAAGCAAUCCAGGCAGGUAUUCUGGUCUCAAAGCCAUGGUUUACUUGACACGAAUGACCAGUUUAAUAAAAUAAAUGCAAAAAACAAUAAAAAGUUGUGCGUGCUCCCCCAAUCACAGGUAUGCAUUCCCGUCCCACCACCCAUUAUCUCAAUGCACCCUCAUAGUCCCUCAAUCCCCUUGGGCCUCUCCUGUAAAUGCAUGUCUGCGAUUGGCUGCUGUCCUGCUCUCCUGUAAAUGCAUGUCUGCGAUUGGCUGCUUUCCCAAUGUCUGCCCUAGUCAUUACAGUAUUGCGUUAUUACCCCAGUAUGUAGCAAUGGUUUUAAAACAGGUUUUAACACCAUCAUUAUACAGUAAAUAAAUACAUUAAGUGCUUUCCCCCCUUAAAGUCUAACAUACUAACUAGGACAGAAUGGUGAUUAAGCAAUGUUUGCUAGCACAAGAAAGCACAUAAAGAGGUUUUUUUUGUUUGUUUGUUUGUUUUUUUAAAUGCAUCCUUUAAGAGCUUUUUUUUCUUCUUUUGUUUGGGUAAACUCUGGAGGACAGAAUAUACAACACUGUAAUUCUGUUAUUAUGCUAUAGGUCUAUUAUGAUGAUUGGUUCCCUGCCUUCCCUGAUCAUAAGAGCAAUUACACUAUUUAAAUAAAUAAAUAAAUAAAUAAAGUCAUAUGGUCCAAUCACUGGUAACACGAUGCUGUAUGAUCUAAAAAUAACCCAUCAGCAUUUUUCUUUUUCUUCCUUGCACAUGGUUACAGUUAAGUUCACAAAUCAAGCGGUUAGUUGGAAGAACUACACAUGCACAUCAGACUAAAGGCUUUUCAUUGCAGCAGAAACAAUACAAAUACUAUCACAGAUAGAUUGUAAAAAAAAAAAAAAAAAAGCAAGAAAGAGGGGGUGAGGGAUUGCUUGAGAGGAAUAGAAAAAAAGCCACGAGUAAUCAAUAUCUGGCUGUCUUGUUAAAAAUUGCUGCAGUGUUUAAAGGAGUCGUGUAUUCCAAAAGGCUUUGACAGACCGGGGCAACGGAGCCACAUGUCACAUGUGCUUCGUAGGAAGAAACGGGGCAUCUGCAAACUGGAUCUGGAGGAGGAUGCUGCGGCAAGUGAUUCACAGAGGGCUCAAAGCUUCUUUUUACUGGCUCGGCUUAUUUGUUAGCAGGCAUCCAGUUUUUUUCCUCACUGUUCCCGCCGUCUUAACUAUCAUCUUCGGAUCCACCGUCGUGAGCAGGUUUAAACCCGAAACAGACCUAGAGAUUCUGGUUUCCCCGACCCACAGCCUGGCAAAAAUAGAAAGGAGUCUGGCGAACAGUCUUUUCCCCAUCGAGCAGUCCAAAAACAAGCUGUAUUCAGACCUGCACACUCCUGGCAGAUAUGGCAGGUUGAUCCUGCUCUCGAAAUCCAGGGAAAACAUUUUGGAGCUGCCCAACCAGGUCCUGCAGGUACACAAAUCAGUGCUGGAUUUGAAAGUUAAUUAUAAAGGUUUUAAUUACACUUUCGCUCAUCUGUGUGUCAUGAGCAAUCGGGAUAAGACAUGCCUUUUGGAUGAUAUUAUUUCGAUUUUCGAGGACCUCCAGCAAGCUGCCGCUUCAAAUAGCACACCUUCCAGGGUGCAAGUCAGCUAUCCAAACACCAGAUUAAAGGAUGGUAGGAUCUCUUUCAUUGGCCACCAGCUGGGAGGGGUCACAUUCGCUGCAAAUAGCAAAGAUCAGCAAUUCAGGACUGCCAGAGCGGUCCAGAUCACUUACUACCUCCACAACUAUGGCAACGCAAACCAGGACAUCAUUGCUGAGAAAUGGGAAAAUGAAUUCUGCAAGCUCUUGCUCAAACUCUCAGCAGUGAACGAAGACAUUUAUAUACAAUCACUGACCUCAUUCAGUCUCUGGAGAGAUUUUAAUAAAACAGGCAUGUUGGCAAGGAGUGAGGUGUUGGUGAGUCUGGUGCUGAUUCUGUUGGCAGCCACAGUCUCCAGUUCUAUGAGGGACUGCCUUCGAGGAAAGCCUUUCCUUGGGCUGCUGGGAGUUUUUACUGUCUGCAUCGCCAAUGUUACUGCAGCAGGGAUAUUUUUCAUUACAGAUGGAAAGUAUAAUUCUACACUGCUGGGAGUCCCCUUCUUUGCUAUGGGUCAUGGAACAAAAGGAGUUUUUGAGCUGCUUGCAGGAUGGCGAAGAACUCGAGAAAACCAACCUUUCAAAGAAAGAGUAGCAGAUGCCUUUGCAGAUGUGAUGGUUUGCUACACCAUGACUAGCUCCAUGUACAUCAUUACAUUUGGCAUGGGGGCCAGUCCUUUCACCAAUAUUGAAACAGUGAAAAUAUUCUGCCAGAACAUGUGUGUUACGAUCCUUGUGAACUACUUCUAUGUCUUUUCAUUUUAUGGCUCAUGCUUGGUCUUUGCUGGCCAGCUAGAACAAAACAGAUACCACAGUGUGUUCUGCUGUAAAAUACCAUCUUCAGAGUACUUAGAAAGGCAGCCUACAUGGUUCAAGACAAUGAUGAGUGACGGGCAAGAUCUUUCUACACAUCACGACAGUGUCCCCUAUCAAAAUCACUUCAUUCAGCACUUUCUACGGGAACACUACACAGAAUGGAUUACCAAUACGUACGUGAAGCCAUUUGUUGUAAUAUUAUAUCUAAUUUAUGCAUCAUUUUCUUUCAUGGGGUGUUUGCAAAUUAGUGAUGGAUCAAACAUAGUCAACCUCUUACCUAGUGACUCGCCAAGUGUCUCCUAUGCACUGACCCAGCAAAAAUACUUCAGUAACUACAGUCCUGUAAUUGGGUUCUAUAUUUAUGAGCCGAUAGAGUACUGGAACACAACCGUACAAGAACAUUUAAAUACAUUAGGUCAUGGGUUUAAUAGAAUAUCAUGGAUUGAUCAUUACUUUCAGCAUUUAAAAGUCAUCAAUAUUACUACUCCAACCAAAAGCGAUUUUAUAACUGUUCUGCAAAAUUCAUUCUUGAUAAAAAAAGAAUUUCAGCACUUUAAAGAUGACAUCAUUUUUUCCAAAACAGGGGAUGAAGUUGAUAUCAUUGCAUCCAGGAUGUAUAUGGUUGCCAGAACCAGCGAGAACACAAGGGAAGAAGUCGUUGAAUUGCUGGAAAGGCUAAGGCCAUUGUCUCUUAUCAACAGCAUCAAAUUUAUUGUGUUUAAUCCUACCUUUGUGUUCAUGGAUCGCUACAGCGCCUCCAUCAUAUCACCCAUUGUGACGUCUGGAUUUAGUGUCCUGAUUGCCUUAGUCCUGACCGUCUUCCUAGUUAUUAAUCCACUUGGUAACUUUUGGUUGAUAAUUACAGUCACCUCAGUAGAGUUAGGCGUUCUUGGCUUGAUGACAUUAUGGAAUGUAGACAUGGAUAGCAUAUCUAUUCUGUGCCUUAUUUACACUUUGAAUUUCGCGAUGGAUCACUGUGCACCUCAUCUUUAUACUUUUGUAUUAGCAACUGAGCACACCAGGACUCAGUGCAUAAAGAUCUCCUUGGAGGAGCAUGGGGCAGCCAUUUUGCAAAAUGCAUCCUGUUUUCUCAUUGGGCUGGUGCCCCUUGUGUUUGUGCCUUCAAACUUGACCUUUACACUGUUUAAAUGCUCUCUACUUACCGCCGGGUGUACAGUGCUGCACUGCUUUGUGAUAUUGCCGGUCUUUUUAACAUUUUUUCCACCAUCAAAAAAGAGGCAGAAGAAAAAAAAACGUGCAAAGAGAAAAGAGAGGGAGGAAAUUGAAUGCAUAGAGGUCAGAGAUAAUCCUGAUCACGUGACUAGUGUUUGAAGAGCCCUCUAUUAAAAGAAAGGGAAUCUACUUGAUGAAAAAUAACUUGGUGUUGGGAAAUAUGGCACUUAACAUGGGUUUACAAUGAUUGGGCUGGCCGCUUAGCCAGGCAGAGAUAGGUCAUAAUAACCUGCACAGUACUGGAGUAUAGUCAAGCAGCACAGAUGAUAAGACAAAAUGCCACUCUUCAUUAAUGUACUUGUAAAGAAAUUAUUUUUCUAUACCAAUCAGCAAACAUAAAAAAGUGAUAUCUAUCUAUCAAUACUGGUCAUCUGAGUGCACUGUUUUUAUACUUUAACUGACCAUUAAUUAAACUGGGAUUCUAACAUACAUCAAAGGGGAGGGGA